AUGGCGACAACACAGCAACAGCAACAGGACAAGGGUUACUCGACCGCACAGGUCGUCGAGUCUGUCCGCGUCGGGCAGCACGCGUGGGGCCCGUACGACAAUGGCGACAAGGAGGCUCAAGUCGCGGUCGACCCCGAUGCGGCGCCGAGGAACUUUAGGUUCAUCUCACUGAUCGGUAUGGCCUAUGCCAUCCUCAACUCGUGGACGGCGAUGAGCACUUCGCUCUCGCUUGCGCUUCCCUCUGGUGGUCCUGUCGCCGUUGUCUGGGGCAUUCUCCCCUCUUUCGUCGGUAACCUCUGCAUGGCUGCUUCCAUGGCCGAGAUCUGUGCCGUCUACCCCACCUCGGGCGGUCAGUACCACUGGACCUACCUGCUUGCCCCUCCCUCGAUCGCCCGUUCUCUCUCCUGGGUGGCCGGCUGGUUCUCGACCUGUGGCUGGAUUGCUCUUGCCGCCACUGCUUCGUCUCUCGCGGGACAGCUGAUCACGGGCGCCUACGCCCUCGCGCACCCCGACUACGAGCCUGAGCGCUGGCACAUCUUCGUCGUGUACACGGGCUACGCCCUGAUUGCUCUGGCACUGAACCUCUUCUGCCUGCGCCUUCUGCCUGGCCUCAACCAGCUCGCCAUCUUCUGGUCCCUGACGGGUCUCACCGUGAUUGUCAUCACGAUCCUGUCCUGCUCCUCUGGCAACUUUGCCAGCGGCAAGUUUGUCUUCACGCAGUUCACGAACGAGACCGGCUGGCCGGACGGAUGCGCGUGGAUCCUCGGCCUGCUGCAGGCCUGUUUCGGCCUGACGGGCUAUGACGCCGUCUCGCACAUGGUGGACGAGAUGCCGCGUCCGUCCGUGUACGCUCCCCGCGUCAUGAUGGCCAGUGUCGGAAUCGGCGCCGCGACCGGGUUCGUGUUCCUCGUCUCGCUCCUGUUCUGCAUCAAGGACGUCGACGUCGUCAACACCUCCAAGGCGGGCGCGCUCAUCGAGGCGCUGCACCAGGGCACUGGGUCUGUGGUUGGCGGCGUCUGCCUCUCCGUCUUCUCCAUCGUGUGCAUGGCCUUCACGGCGCAGGCGCUCCUGACCGCCUCGUCGCGCAUGACCAUGGCCUUUGCGCGCGACCGCGGCAUGCCCUUCUCGCGCCUCUUUGCCAAGGCGACGCGCGGCGUUCCCGUCCCCGCCAUCCUGCUCAAUGCCGCCCUCGUCAUCCUCUUCGGAUGCAUCUACCUCGGCAGCGACAGUGCGCUGAACGCCAUUCUCUCGUCGUCGGUUAUCUCGCUCAACGUCUCGUACUCUAUCCCCGUCGCGCUCAUUCUCAUUCGCGGACGCAAGCUCCUCCGCCCCAAGUCGUUCGCGGGCGAGCCCUCGUUCUCCCUCGGCCCCGUCUGGGGUCCUAUCUGCAACGUCGUCGGCCUCGCUUUCACCCUCGUCACCACCGUCUUCUUCCUCUUCCCCCCCGAGCUCCCCGCCACGGGAAGCAGCAUGAACUACGCCGUCGCCGUGUUCGGCUUCGUCGGCAUUGUGUCCGUCAUCACCUGGAUGGUCGACGGUAGGAAGAACUUUACUGGUCCUCGCGAUCUCGGCGGUCUCCUUGAGCUCGCCCACGCCGAGAUCGGUGAGGACAGCAGCGACCAGUCCUCUGUCCAGGAGGUCGCUGAGACCAAGGCGUAA